AUGAAAUUGCCGCAAGGAAGCGCAGAUGGAACUGCCGCUAGUCUGAAGGAAGCACAGACGGAACUGCACGUGAUGGUAUACGGUGUCCCGGAAAAUGAGGUAGUGUCUACCAUUCUUGGACGUGUUAAUCCCUUGCUGUUUACAAUGCUGAUGGUGCAGCAUGCAAUUCAAAUAGUGAGGUAUUUUCCCAACCAAUUGUUUGGCACGCAUGAGACCAUUCGGAGUGUUUUUGCGACGAAUGUUGUUGUCCUUGUACUAAUUGGACAUCUUGUUGGUUGUUUCGGAUAUCUUGCUGCUGUAGAGAAAGUUGAGAAAUGUUUGCGAACUACCUGCAGCGCUUCUGGCUUAACUGGAUGUAAGAGUCUCAUUGUUUGUGAAGCUAAGAAAAACAAUGAUGAAGAUCAGUGGUUGAUAAAUACAGCUGCCAGCAACUGUUUCAAUUCUUCCUCUAAUACUUCUGGCAAUGGGAUCUUUGCUGAUCUAAUGCCACUUGUGGAAUAUGAUCCGGUCCAAAAAUAUGCAUUUGCUCUGUUCUGGGGUAUCACGCAAAUUAGUUUCAUUUCUGUUAAAACUCCAAGCUUCUCUAGCGUGAAAGAAGUCAUUUUCCUAUGGAUUAUCAGAGCAUUGGGGCUCUCAAUUUUUGCAAUCAUAUUUGGAAACAUAACAAGUAUUAUUCAAGGUUUCAGUCGGAGGAAGAUAGAUAACAUACUUAGACGCAAUGAAAUUGAACGAUGGUCAAGGCAUCGUCACCUACCAGAAGAUUUAAGCAGGAGAAUACUAGAUGCUGAAAUUCAGAAUUGGACUGCAACAAAAGGGAUGAAGGAAGAAGAACUUUUGAAGAGUAUGCCAAAGGAUAUCCAGAGAGACCUAACAAGGCAUCAGUUUCUCCCCAUUAUUAAAAAGGUUCAACUCUUUGAAAUCAUGCACCAGUCAAUUCUUGAUGCUAUCUGUAUGCAAUCAAAGUGGAAGCUGUACUUGGCAGACAGUACAAUCAUGUAUCCAGGUGACUUAAUAGAGAUGAUAGUCUUUGUUGUGCAUGGAACACUGGAGAUCAAGGACACCAGUGGAACAAGCGUCCACAUAUCUGACGGGGAUGCAUGUUGCCAAGAACUCCUUUUCUGGUGUCUUCAGAGAGCUUCAUCCAAUAGUAGCACAGAUGGUGACAAAUUAUUUUUUCCUGAAGAAAGAUUUCUGAGCACCAAGAGUAUAACUUGUUUAACAGAUGUGGAGGCAUUUGUGGUUGAAGUUACUGACCUUGAAAAGAUCCUAACUCGGUUUGCAAAAUUCUUGCACACUCCACUUAUUGAAGAGGCCAUAAAAAGGCACGAAAUGCUUGAAAGGCUGCAUGAAGAAUCAGGAAGCAACCAAGAAGAACCACAGAGUUUCUUAUCACCGUAUGUGGAUAAGUUUAGGUUGGCUUAUAUUUCUUUUGAGCCAACAACUGUUGGUGCUGGAUAUUUAGUUGACCAUCCGAAAAAGAUUGCUCGACAUUACAUGACAGGGUUUCGGUUUUGGGUUGAUCUGUGUGUCCUGAUUUCCAUUCCUUUGAUAAUGUUCUAUCGUGUCUCACCAGAUGACUUCAAUUUUCGGACGUCCUAUUCCGUUGCUAUUGGCUGGGUUGAUUGUGCAGACUGUCAUCAGAAUAUUCAGAUUUGUUACAAGACACCUGAAAGAUUGUUGGUGAAUUUUAGCUAG